AUGGAUGCACUUCAAUAUCUUUCCUCUCUCAGCUGUGAAUUGAGAAUCAUAAGAGCCAAAAAUAUGGAGUUUGUCAAGUCCACGGGACACUUGUUUGUUAGGUGCUAUCUCUCUGCAGGAAACAACAAGAGAGUUCGAAUUAACAGCCAAGAAAUCUCAUCAAAAUCAGACCUAUUUUGGGACGAGUCGUUCUCAUUGGAGUGUGCAGGCACCAAAGACUCCAUGGACAUGCUCGUGCAAGGAAGCGUCGUUCUCGAGCUCCGAUGGAGAAGCACUGUACCAGUUCUGGGGAAACUUGGCGGGUCACGUCUCUUGGGUAGAGGUGAGAUUCCAUGGAAAACUGUUUUCGAAUCCCCGGAGAUGGAGAUAGAGCAAUGGUUUAGCUUGGUUCCCAUGAGUAGACGCGUGCAUGAAGAUGUCAAACCUCCUGCACUGCAAGUAUGGAUGAAGGUUCGAGUUCCGGCAACGAUAGAGACGGUGCCGAGGAGGAAAAAUGGGAGAUUGACAAAGUGGGACGAGUGUGGAUGCAUGGCUGGUGGGUGCCGUUGUGCAGAUUAUGAGAUUUUUGCAUUAGCUGCAGCUUUGGAUGCCUUUUAG